AUGAAGGAGCACCACAUCUCCGUCGUCACGCUGGAGGAGCACGAGCCGAACCGCGAGUUCGUUGGGCGCAACUUCAACGCCGGCGAGGUCGUGCAGCUGGUUCUGCGCUCCGCGCGCGCCCCCCGCCGCUGGCUGCCCUUCCGCUACGUCCAGAUGGUCAUGAUGCACGAGCUCGCGCACUGCGCGCAGAUGAACCACUCGCGCGCCUUCUGGGCGGUCCGCGACGCCUACGCCGCGCAGAUGACGGCGCUCUGGGCGCGCGGCUACACGGGCGAGGGCAUCUGGGGUCGCGGCGUGGCCCUCGACGCGGCGGCGUGGGAGCGGGACGCGGUCAAGGUUGAGGAGGAGCCGCUGCCGGAGCACCUCUGCGGCGGCACGUACCGCUCCCGACGACGGCGGAAGCGUGGGGCGGGACCGGAGCUGUCGUGGAGGGAGCGGAGGGACAGGCGGAUUGCGAAGAGGUUCGGCACGGCGGGGACGGCGCUGGGCGCGGACGAGCAGCAGAAGACGAGGUUGGAGGGCGGGAGGAGGGUGGUCGCGCGGCCGCGCGUGGCGGGCAGCGCGAGGGGAAGGGAGUUGAGGGCGGCGGCGGCCCUGGCGCGCUUCGACAAGCAAAAGGUCGAGGAGGAGAGUGGGAGCGACUACGAAGAGGAGGAGGAGGAUGUGACGGAGGCGGUGGAUUGGGACGGAAAGAGGAUCACGGACGGGGACGGACGAGCCAUGGUCAAGGUGUGCGGUGACGAGGAGGAGGGCGAGGAAGACCAGGGCGCGGCGAGGAGGAGUGAGCGUGACGAGCUGCGGCGGGUGCUGCUCACCACGCACCCGCACCCGCCGCCGCCGCCGCCGACGACGACGACGACGACGACGACGACGACGGUCAAGGCGGAGCGCGACGACGCAGGACGACCGCGGCCGCGAAUAAAGGACGAGCCGAGCGACGAGGCCAACAGCGCCACCGUGUCAAGCGGGCUACGUGAUGCAACGCCGCCGCGGCCGCUACGGCUACACGACAUCCCACAUAUCCGGGACGCGGUUCCGCCACGGCAGACGAGGACGGCGCCGCCGUCACGACGAGCACCACCAGCGACUGCCGCAAGACGGCCGGCCAUCACCAUCCAUCGGCUCCCCACUACCAAGACGGAACGGGAGGCAGUCACAACGACCAUGACGACGUCGCCGUCGGACGGUCGGUGCCCUCUAUGCUCGCUGGACAAUGUCGGCGGCAAGGAGGCGCUCCGGUGCGCGGCGUGCGCGCAUGUGCUCCGGCCGGACGCGGUGCGUGGAGCGUGGUCGUGCGAGAGCGCGUCGUGCGCGGGCACGGGGUACGUCAACGCGGGGGACUGCGGCAUCUGCGGGCUCUGUGGCGGACGGAGGCCGUGA